AUGGCUUUUCAAAAAAUUGAUAAUGAAAGUAUAAAUUCGAUAACUAGUGCACUCGACUUCUUUCAAAUUCCCCCAACUAAUGUUACAGUAACCUCUUCUAAAGUAUUUGAAAUUCUCCCCAGCAAUCCACUUACAGACACUCCCUACCAUUUUAAAAUUCAUUCAAGUCAAAAUUAUAUUGACUUGUCAAAGUGCUAUCUUUUUACGGAACUUAGAAUAAGAAAGGAGAAUGAAAAUGGCUAUUUGGUAAAUCUUGCACCAACAGAUAAUGUUGCACCUAUCCAACUUAUAGGGCAAACGUUUAUUAACAAUAUGAAAAUUAACAUUAAUGGGCGCGAAAUUUUUAAUUCAAAUUCUUUGUACGCUUACAAAACAUAUUUGUCAUACGAGCUAUCGUACUCUCAAGGAUCAAAAAGCUCCCAUCUUAAUGCCGCAGGAUAUUACUUUGGCUCAGAUACAAAUCUAGAAAGCGGAGUUGGAUAUGAUGCUAGGAAAAGAUUAUUUUCAAACAGCAAUACUGCACAAUUUAUUGCAAAGCUUGAUGCAGAUAUUUUUAAUCAACCUCUUUAUUUAAUUAAUCAAUGCGAAAUUGACAUUGAAAUAUUACCUAAUGAUGCAAAAUUUGUUUUAGUUUCUCCUCCAGUUCUCGGUAUUGCCCAACCUACGCGUUACUAUUUUGAAGUUUUGAAUUGUAAACUGUACAUUAAAAAGAUGGAUCUUAUGGAUGGAUUAGCUUUGGACAUUGCUAGAAAACUUGAUACUAAACCAGCACGUUAUGCGAUAAGGAAAACAAUGAUGAAACCUCUCUUUAUUAGCAUGGGGAGAUAUGAAUUUAAUGCUAACCUCUUUAAUGAUCAAAUACCUAGAAGAAUAACACUUGGACUUGUCUCUAAUUCUGACUAUGUUGGACAUUUGGGACGCAGUCCUUUCAACUUUCAACACUUUAAUGUUCGAGAAAUUUCAAUAAUCGCGAACGGGCGUAGCUAUCCUCAAGCUCCCUAUGACUUUGAUUAUAUGAAUGGAAAAUAUGUUAGAGCAUUCAAUGACAUGAAUGAGGCCAUAGGACUUUCAAAUUCAUCAGAAAGUAAUGGAAUUACAUAUCAACAGUAUGGCACUACUCAUUGUAUAUACAUUUUUAACUUGACCAAUAGCGGUGAUGAUCAAGGAGGACUUUUUGAUCUAAUAAAGAAUGGAACAACAGCGGUGAAUAUUAAAUUUAGCCAGCCAGUACCAGAAGGAGGAAUCAUGCUUGUAGCUAUGGGUGAAGCAGAUUCACUGAUUAUUUUGGAUAAAAACAGAACUAUUGCAAGUGACACUACUAUAUAA